AUGCCUCAGGUCACCUUUGUUCGGUCUGCGCCGACCGGACCCAUACCAAGCCGCUUCCACCCGAUUCGGCCCACCGCCGCAACCGUGCCUAAGGUUCUUGGGAGUGCUGCCCGGACGAGAAGCACGGGACUUGCCUUCUUUGCUGCCGUCCGGUCGGCCCAGGAAUUUGGAAUUCAACCGGAGGACUGGCGGAAGAUGAAGCCGUCAAUCUCCGGACAUGGACAACAACAACAACAACAAUUACUGAAAUCUUAG